AUGGCUUCCUCAACUUUCUUCCCGAGAAGGGCCCUCGGGUCGCCGGCCGCCUGGGUGAAGUCCUUCGUCAUCAUCGCUAGUUUCCUCGUCUUUGUCCAAUUCGCCCUCCCGCACGUAAUGGCGCCCAAGGUUUCUACUCUGCUGGCCGGCCUCGCCGUCUUCGGCACCGGCAGCAGCGGCGGCGGCGUUGUCAACGCGGCCGGUGGUGUCGAUCUGAGUUGGCAUGCGCCCUCUCAGACCGAGGUCAACAAUCUGACCGCCGUGAUCAAUGGCAAGGGUGUCUGGGGUUUCAUCUAUGACACCUCGGAGACUCCCGACGACAGGUAUGGGCAGUACAACUGGUGCAACAUGCCCCAUGUGCGCAAGACGGAGUACGUGAAGCCGUCGGAAGAGUACGAGCUCAAGUACGUGGAACUGGUUCACCGCCACCACAAACGCACGCCCUACGCCUCCAACGCCUUCCCCGUGGAGCCGUAUCAGUGGAACUGCGAUGACCAAGGGCUCUUCUACUACGGCGAGCCCUUUGCCAGCAGCAACAAGCCGGCAAAGACCUACUGGAAGAUCUACAUCUCUCCCGUCAACCCCUUUGUCCCCGCGGGCUGGAUCGGGACCUGCCAGUUCCCCCAGAUCACCGCCCAGGGCCUCGACGACUCCUGGGUCCACGGCGCCGACCUCUAUGGCGUCUACCACGGCCUUCUGGGCUUCCUCCCGGGCCCGGACGGCGUCAAUUCGCCCGAGUGGCAACGCAAGAUAAAGUACCGCGUCACCAACAACCAGAUCACCAGCCAGGUCGCCGGCAUGGUCGUCAACGGCAUGUGGGGCACCACCGACUCCCUCCAGCUCAGCAUCCAGGCCGCUGGCGUCGACUCCCUUGAGCCGCAGUACUCUUGCCCGGCCGGCUCCGCCCUCUUCAGCCGUAUAAAGUCCGCCUCCAAUGCCGCCUGGGCCCAACAUCUCGCCGCCGCUGGCCCGCUUUACACCGCCCUCGACAACAUCUCGGGCGUCCCCGCCGACGACCAGGGCUUCCAUGCCUCGCUGGACCACUACUACGACAACCUCUCCGCCCGGCAGUGCCACGACAAGCCAUUCCCUUGCAAGCUUGUCGGCGGUGUCAACACCACCACCUGCGUCACGCAAGACCUCGCCGACGCCGCCUACCGCCUGGGCAACUGGGAGUACUCCCAGAUGUACCGCGACGCCCCCGACUCCCUCGCCGCCAGCGUCGCGUCGUGGGGCGUCUGGGUCGCCGAGCUGGCUACGCACCUGCGCGCUGUCGUGGACGGCACGAGCGAGACAAUCUACUUCCACAACGUCGCGCACGACGGCUCCGUCUCGCGGCUGCUGUCCAUCCUGCAGCUCGACCACAUGGUCUGGCCCGGCAUGGGCUCCGAGGUCGUCUUCGAGCUGUACAAGAAGAGAAAGACGGACGACGCCGAGAACCCUCCCGCGCCGACGUCCACCGUGAUCGCGCCGGGAUGCAACCGGAACAACUGCCUGCGCCAGGUGAUCCGCGAAGCUGCGUCGGCAGCGACCUUCUGCCCCAACCUGACCGCCUCCGCCUCGUGGACCCAGCCGCUGCCUGCGUGGGCGGCGAACUGCAACGGUGACGUGGCUGCGUUGUCCUCUGCGUGCUCUUGCAUCUAUGCAACCGCUACGGCCACCGCGACCGCCAAUGCGACCGCCACUGCGACCACAACUGCCACGGCCACAUCCACGCCCGGCGCGGGUGAGGGUGCAGGUGAGAGCGGCUGGUAUGUCAGAGUCCUCUGGGGCGGUCAAGUCUUGAAGUCAUCACACCCGGCGCUGGGCCUUAUGGAUAUGGUCCCCGUCGAGACGCUUUUGUCGUACUUUGACGGGUUGGUGGGAGAGAAUGCCAGUCUCGUCAAGGGCAAGUGCAGCUCUUGA